AUGAAGUUCAGCAUCAUUGUCAUCCUCGCUUGCAUCUACCUCGUCCAGGCUGCCUCCCUCUUUGAGCGAUACGUUGGCAACAAGGUCAACUACAAGUACUCCGCCAAGGUGGACCUGUUUGACAUGUCCAAGGAGUGCAACGGUGCCCGAAUCAAGUCCAUCAACGUCAAGCCCAACAAGUACACCCAGUGCCACCACCUGACCCGAAUCAACUCCGCCUUCAUUGCUCCCUCUUACGACUGCACCGUCACCGUGUGGAAGGACCGAAAGUGCCGAGGCACCCCCGACUACAACGCCACCGUGAACCACGACGAUAAGGUCUGUGCUGCUCACAUCCCCGAGGGUAACUCCAUGGUUAUCUCUUGUGACGACAACUCCAACCCCGCUGUUGCCCAGUACCGAGCUGAGCACGGCAAGAAGAAGAAGGGCAAGAAGGAGAAGAAGAACUAG